AUGGAGGGAUCGAAUGUAAAAGAAUCCCUAAGCUGUGCAGGGUGCCUUAAUGACAUUGGUGAAGAUGACUAUAUAUCGGCGUUGGGACAAGAUUGGCACAAAGACUGCUUUAGGUGCUCUGUGUGUGACGCGGCGCUAUCGACAUGGUACUUCGAGAAAGCGGGGCUUCUGUUCUGUCAGAACGACUACUGGGCGCGGUAUGGCGAUAACUGUCAACAGUGCGCCCAGGUGAUAACGGGUCCGGUGAUGGCGGCGGGCGAGCACCGUUUUCAUCCCGAGUGCUUCGCGUGCACUGCGUGUGGCGCACACGUAGAGGACGGUGAACCUUACGCAUUGCUUGAACGCUCCAAAUUAUACUGCGGUGCGUGCUGUGGUGCUGCGAUGCGCAGUACGCGCGGUGCGCACGCCAUCCGCGUGCUGCGCCUGCCGGCACGCGCGCUGCGCCUCGCAGCCGGGCCCGGCGCACAGCUCACGCUCGCACAAGGUCGCUGCGUCAGCAAGCUGUCCGCGUUGGUGCGCGCUUUACUCCGGGCAGCCGUCUCCGUCUGCAUACAGCUCACCUGCCAUAGAAUCGACUCGAGCUGCGGCAUGCUGACGCUGCACAUCGGCGACAAGGUGCUGGAGAUCAACGGCUCGCCGGUCCGCGGACGAACGCUCGUCGACUUCGAUCCCGACACUGUCGUGCAGUUAACAAUAGAACACAAUCCAAACACAUUAAAUAUGAAGCGAGGUCCAUCAGCGAAAAUACCAACCGAUAGACAAACAGAAUGCGACGAUCGACCUAAACUUGAAGGCAAGUCACCGAUAGAGAGGAAAAUUUACAAAGAAGACUUAAAGAAACACAUUCCUAACAGACAUUCCAACGACAAUGGGGACCAAAGAACUGAUAAGAGAGACUCUGAAGAGGGUGUAGUUAAGAAAGAAAGACUGUUUAAGAGGAAAGGGGAAGAUGGUGGGAAGAGAGUAAUCAAAAGGCGGCAGACGCCGUCCUCUCCGCUCUUGGGUGAUAAAGAACGAAGCAGUAGCAUGUCGAAAUUGCUAGAUGUUAACGUGGACGGUGUGGAGACGAGCGGAGUGCUGUGCGACUUGAGCCGCGCGCGCUCGUUCCGCGCCGAGCCCGCACAGGGACAGAAGGUGUUCCGCGCCUCAGACUUGUUGCAGGGCGAGCUUCUAGGCUCCGGGUUCUUCGGGCAGGUGUAUAAGGUGACCCACCGCGACACGAACGAAGUGAUGGUGCUUAAGCAACUUUACCGUGUCGAUGAAGACGCGCAGAGAAACUUUUUAAAAGAGGUGGCGGUACUGAGGUCGCUGCAACAUCCCAACGUGCUCCGCUUCGUGGGCGUGCUGUAUAAGGAUAAACGUCUACAUCUCGUCACGGAGUACGUCGCUGGUGGUACACUGCAUCAGUUAUUACAAGACAGUCGCCGUCCGCUGGGCUGGGCUCGGCGUGCAGCACUAGCGCGUGACGUGGCGGCGGGCGUGGGCUACCUGCACCGCAUGAACGUCAUACACAGAGACCUCAAUUCGCACAACUGCCUCGUCAGGGAGGACCAGACAGUGAUCGUGGCGGACUUCGGGCUGGCGCGCAUCGUGCAGCGCACCGCCAGCAGCUCGCUGCAGCGCGCGCCGCACGCGCACGCCUCGCUGCGCCGCAAGCGCUACACGGUGGUGGGGAACCCUUACUGGAUGGCUCCGGAAAUGAUGAAUGGAAAUGUAUAUGAUGAGAAGGUGGAUGUGUUCUCCUUUGGCAUCAUACUGUGUGAGAUAAUUGGUCGCGUAUCAGCCGACCCAGACUUCCUGCCGCGUCGCAGCGACUUCGGACUGAACGAGGCUUUGUUUAUGGAGAAAUUCUGCAAGCCCUCCGCUUGCCCGGAACCCUUCUACAGAAUCGCAUUCCUCGCCUGCCAUCUUGAUCCUGACACCAGGCCACCAUUCGAAGUAAUGGAGAUAUGGUUAGAGAGCCUAGUCCUCCAUCUGUCCAACGCAGGCCCGCUGCCGGCCACGCUGCUGGCCGACGUCGAGCAGUACGCGCGCGCCGCGCACGACGCGGGCGUGCCCGGCCGCGGCCACGCCACUCCCGAGAGCUGCCCGCACCACGACUCGGGCAUCUUCUGCGCCAACCGCGACAGCUGCCACAGCUGCCACACUUGUCACACUUGCGGUUCCGCCCAGCGGCUUCAACGCUCCCCCAGCGGUGCUCCAAAUCUCGACUUCACAGAGGGUGUUAUUAAGUCGCAGUCGAACACUACACUGGAGUGCGUGUUAGCGGGCAGUGCGGCUGCUGCGGGCGGCGGGCGCGCGCUGGGCAAGUGCGUGUCGGCGAGCCAGCUGGCGCCGCGCCGCCUCACGUGGGCCCUGUGCGCCGCGCGCUCGCGCUCGCACCACGCGCUCGCACUCGCGCGACCGCCCGGCUACAUCCUGCGCACCGAUGCGCGCGGCAUCAACAUCACACAGGUGGAUGACAUCACGGAAUGGCUGGAACCGCCACAACCUUUAAAACGUACUAGUCCUGACUGUCAACUCAAUAAUAUUCUCACUGAACAACACAAAACCAGAAAAGUCGAAGACAAUGAUGAGCUUGAUGGUAACCUCCCCUCCUUUUUAAGGAAUCAAUCUGUUGAGGGUCUGGAGUCGAAGUCUAAACACGAUGUGGAUGCGCCUUUGCCAUUCUGCAGACAUUACAGCAUCCCUGACAAUUGUGAAACAAAAGACGAAUCAGAUGAUAGCGACUCUUCAGACGAUGAUCUGGCUGACAUCAGCGAUUGGUAUAAAAAUGUCACGUCAUUCAAGAAAAUCAACAUGGAAGUUGAUCAACCGAAAAACUUAUUUGCUGGCAUCGUCAAGAAAGGUGAAAGUAUUUUAUCCAAGAAAUCAAGUUAUGAUGUCAUAAAUACCACUGCUAAAAAUAAUGAGUAUUUAAAAAAUGGGAAGAAGAUUGCAGAGAACGAUUGUAAGAAUUUUGAUAUAGGCUUAAAUAAACCGUCACUACUUGUGACGGACUGUAGUAAUAACAUUCCAAAGACUUUAAAUGUAUCUAAACCAGCGGAGAAACCAAAUUUCUUCGCAAAGAAACUUCUCUCGCCAAAAUUGAGCAGGUUAUUUAAACCUAACAGCGGAGAGGUGGUUCGAAAUAAGCACGACGCUACUGACGCUAAAGAAGAAAAAUCAAGAAGUCACUUCUUCGUUCAAAAACCGGCCUCACCUGGUGUGGUUCGGUCGUCGUAUAGAGUCAGACCUGUUGAAGACGAAAGAAAAGCAAACGUGAAUGAUGUUCUCAAAAGUGAUCUGAAAUUGGCGAGUAUGGGAAAACCAAUGACUCCUAUAUUCCGAAGGCAUCUACCCUCAGAAAAAACGGAUUUCGCUGACGGUAGAUUUAGCUAUAGAGAUCGUCGGAGUAGGGGUCCCAAGACUGAAGAGAAGUUUGUAGAAAUUGGUAGAAAUAAGAUUAAAGCCCCCAUCAGUGCGAUCGAGAACAAUUUGACGCCGUUAACACGCAAUACUCAGACUAAUAAAGUUUCUGCUUUAACCCCUGUACCUGAAAAAAAGGAUAAAGCUGUGGAAACGGAAGGAAAGGAAGAUAAAUAUGUCCCAAAAAAACGGGAGUUAGGUAUAUCCAGGAGUAAUUAUGUAAGUCUGGCAAAUUUAAAAAUUAACAGUCAGAAGGAAUUAGGGAGUGAUGUAAAAGAGAAGCCAAAGGGUUCUUUGAGCGGAAACUCGCCAAUAGAACGAGUUAUUUAG